GCCCCCUCGCCUGAGGCCCCCUCCGUGCGGCUUUCCACCUCCUCCUCGCUCUCGGCAGUCAGAGAGGGCCGGAGCGAGAAGAUGGCGAAGACGUACGAUUAUCUGUUCAAGCUGCUGCUCAUCGGCGACUCCGGCGUCGGCAAGACCUGCCUCCUGUUCCGCUUCUCAGAGGACGCCUUCAACACCACCUUUAUCUCCACUAUCGGAAUUGAUUUUAAGAUCAGAACGAUAGAACUUGAUGGAAAGAAAAUUAAACUUCAGAUAUGGGACACAGCGGGCCAAGAAAGAUUCCGAACAAUUACGACAGCAUACUAUAGAGGAGCCAUGGGAAUUAUGCUGGUCUAUGACAUCACCAAUGAAAAAUCCUUUGACAACAUUAAAAAUUGGAUAAGAAACAUUGAAGAGCAUGCCUCUUCAGAUGUUGAAAGAAUGAUCCUGGGUAACAAAUGUGAUAUGAAUGACAAAAGACAAGUGUCAAAAGAGAGAGGGGAGAAGUUGGCAAUUGACUAUGGAAUUAAAUUUUUGGAGACAAGUGCAAAAUCCAGUACAAAUGUCGAAGAGGCAUUUUUUACACUUGCUCGGGAUAUAAUGACAAAACUCAACAGAAAAAUGAAUGACAGCAAUUCUUCAGGAGGAGGUGGACCAGUGAAAAUAACAGAAAAUCGGUCCAAGAAGACCAGUUUUUUCCGCUGUUCACUGCUUUGAUGAACUCUUGACUUCUGAGAGACUGCAGUACACCUAGAGAGCCCUUCCCUGCUUCUCUGAAAGCACAGGCUACCCAGCCUCAGAGUCACCUCGCCCGGCUGCUGCGGAGAGCACCACGGAACUCUAGACCUCUCAACCAGAACGCCCAGUGGAUUCCAGCCUCAUGGCCUAGCAAAAAAAC